UCCUUCCAGUGAGCACUCAGGGCUGAUUUCCUUCAGAAUGGAUAGGUUUGAUCUUCUUGCAGUCCAUGGGACUCUCAAGAGUCUCCUCCAGCACCAUAAUUCAAAAGCAUCAAUUCUUCGGCGAUCAGCCUUCUUGAUGGUCCAGCUCUCACUUCCAUACAUCACUACUGGGAAAACCAUAGCUUUAACUAUACGGACCUUUGUCGGCAAGGUGAUGUCUGCUUUUUAAGAUGCUGUCUAGGUUUGUCAUUGCUUUUCUCCCAAGAAGCAGGCGUCUUUUAAUUUCGUGACUGCUGUCACCAUCUGCAGUGAUCAAGGAGCCCAAGAAGGUAAAAUCUCUCACUGCCUCCAUUUCUUCCCCUUCUAUUUGCCAGGAGGUGAUGGGACCAGUGGCCAUGAUCUUGGUUUUUUUGAUGUUGAGCUUCAGACCAUAUUUUGCGCUCUCCUCUUUCACCUCUUGAAACUGUGUCAGACUACACAAAAAGCAACAAAUUGUAGAGCUUGCUAAGCAGCAUAAGAAUAGGUCAGCUAGAUCAGACCAAAGGGCCUCCCAUGCGCUUGAUCUGGAAGCUGCAGUUAGUGCAUAAUGCUGCAGCAUGACUGCUGACAGGAGUGAGACCCCGUCAGCAUAGAACAUCUGUGCUCAGAGACCUGCAGUGGUUACUGAUUUGCUACCAAGUCCAAUGCAUUUUAUUAGUAUAUAAAGCUCUUAACAACUUGGAGCCAGUUUACCUGCAAGAUCCCUUGACCCAAUAUGGCCACCUGACUGCUUCAAUCUGCGGAACUGGCACUGUUAUAAGACCCCUUCCACAUUUGUAGGAAGCUGAUCUUUUAGUGUGGCAGCACUCACACUUUGGAACUUCCUGUCUAGUGACAUCAGGCAGGUGUAUUCACUGUAUUCUUUUCAUCACCUGCUAAAAGCAUUUUUGUUUAUUAUUUUAUUAUUUAUUAAAUUUGUAUACUGCCCUUCAGCCAAAGAUCAACAGAAAAAUACAAAAUGAGAAUACAAAAUGCAUUAAAAAAACCAGUAACUCCUCUCCCAAGCUUGUCUAGAUAUGUAUAAUGUUGACAUAUGUUUUAAUCUGUUUUUGGUUUAUCUUUUAUUUUAAUUCCUCUGUGAAUGUUUUAAAUGGUGUUUUUUAUUGAUAACUUUAUUGUUUUGUUUUUGUAAACCACUUUGAGGGUUUCCCCCCUUACAAUCAAGUGGCAUAUACGUUUUAUUAGAUAAAUAAAUGAAAUAGGUCUCCCUAGCUCAGCCUUUGUUUCCAGUGAGGGCAACCAGCCUCUGGAGAGCUCACAUCCAGAUCAGGGUGAAGGCAGCAGCUCUUCCUUGAGUUACAUGUACCAUGGUCAUUGAUAGACCAUUCAUUCAUUCAUUCAUUCAUUCAUUCAUUCAUUGGUUCAAUCUGCUUGUAAAGCAUCUGUUCCAGAGACUAUCAAACAUGUUUUGUGGCAGAAGUUAAUUCCUUCCAAGUGAAAAAGUACAAACGCAGGGACAUUUAGCUUCUUCCUCCAGUCAUGAUAGACUGUGCAUAGUUCAUUAAAACUAUACAUAGUCCCAAUGAAGACGAAAGAAGGAGCCAGUGCAUUAAUGCAGGCUUUCCUAAGCUGGUCAGCCUUACAGAGUUUACUGUGGCCAGUAGUUGGGGAUGAUGGAAAUCGAAGUCCAAAAAACAUCUGGAGGACCUCAAGGUAGGGAAGGCGGCUUUAAGAAUUUAAAUGGCUAGAUACAGCAUGGUGAGUCUGUAUAUAAUCUUUGCUAAACAGUCAACUUAUCCAUAGCUGAUCUGCAGUGGAAACUUGUACACUUUGUAGAUCAAGCGUCUUGGGCAGCCUAAGUCCUGUUGCUGUCAAAAUCGCAGCUAGUUGUGGUUUCUCUUUGGAAAGUGCAGGCCCAGCAGAGCUGAGGUUGAGCCAUGGUACGGGCAUGAGCUUGACUUUCUCUCUCAGGUAGCUGAUUAUAGCACCUGUCUGAAACGCCUCUUGGGUGCCUUGACUCAGAAGACUGCUUCUGGCACUGGACUGCAUGCUGCAGAAACACCAUCAGGAAUGCAAAUGCCUUCCUUUCUUAAUAGAAGUGUUGGGAAUCUGCAGAAUGGGUAUGUUGAUAAUUAGUUCACUAUAUCUUUGCUGGAUGGGUGGCGUCUCUCUGAAUGACAACGCAAAAUCAGCAACAAGCUUGAGAUCCCACAGCAGUUUCUUUGGCAAGCUUAAAGGUGUCACAGCCAAAUGUGAGCUCUGGCAAUUCAAUCCUGGUGUCUUAAUUUCCUCUUGCAAUUCCCAUUAGAUGUGGCCUUCCUUGCUUCCUGCUUCCCAGCUAUUUGGGAGCUACUUCAUUGCGUCCUGGACUGGUAGCUUCUCUCCAAAGAAAGUGGGGAAGAAGGUGUUUCUAGAAAAAUGGACAGACUUUAAGAAAGAGAGCCAGUGAAAGCUUCAGGAUUUCUGACAAUACCAAGGCACAAGUUGUCCACUUCUUUAGCCCCUCUCUACAAGUUAGGCUGCCUUAAUGUGCACAGGACUAAGUUGCCACCAUAUUUAAGCUCUUUGCCUUGCAUGUGUUUAAUUUCAGCUGGCUGGCUGCCAAGUGUGUAAAGCUGCGAUUACACAAGUUAAAUGUGUGCAAGUUGUGAGUUGACUGUAUUUGAAGGGCUCUUGCCAAGAUGGUGGAUAAAAAUGAUUUUCUAUUGCUCCAGAGGGUAAAACAAGAAAAGGAUUUAGGUCAGGCAUAGGCAAACUCGGCCCUCCAGAUUUUUUGGGACUACAACUCCCAUCAUCCCUAGCUAACAGGACCAGUGGUCAGGGAUGAUGGGAACUGUAGUCUCAAAACAUCUGGAGGGCCAAGUUUGCCUAUCCCUGAUUUAAAGGUAAAGGGGCCCCUGACCAUCAGGUCCAGUCGUGUCCGACUCUGGGGUUGCCGCGCUCAUCUCGCUCUAUAGGCCAAGGGAGCCGGCGUUUGUCUGCAGACAGCUUCCAGGUCAUGUGGCCAGCAUGACAAAGCUGCUUCUGGCGAACCAGAGCAGCGCAUGGAAACGCCGUUUACCUUCCCGCCGGAGCGGUCCCUAUUUAUCUACUUGCACUUUGAUGUGCUUUCGAACUGCUAGGUGGGCAGGAGCUGGGACCGAGCAACGGGAGCUCACCCCGUGGCAGGGAUUCGAACCACCGACCUUCUGAUUAGCAAGCCCUAGAUUCUGUGGUUUAACCCACAGCGCCACCUGGGUCCCAUUCCCUGAUUUAGGUUAAACUGAUUUAUUUAAUUUCUUAAACACAUUAGUCACCUGCUUUUGCCAAUGCACCCCAAAGUAAGUUGCAGCAAUCUAGUCAUCCAUCAAUAAAACCACCAUAAAACAAAACACAGAACAAAACAAUAGUACAUUCUUAUUUUUAAAAGGCAGGAUUAAAACACCCCACCCACUAAAGGAGCCCACAGAAAAUUAAAAACCAAAAGCUUGGUUUCUGCCUUGUGCCUAAAGAUGAGGAGAACAUUUGUCCACAAGCAAGGAGCCCCCACUGAAAAAGCCCCCUCUCGUGUUGCCACCCUAGAGCCCCUGUGGAGGGGGGCACACAGAGAAGGGCCUCCAGUGAUGAUCACAGGGCCUGGGUCAGAUUAUAGGUUCAAUGUCCUGCUUGACAGUGAAGCAGACUGUAACCCUCCUUGGUUAGAGAUUUCUAAGCAGAGGCUGCAUUGUCACCUCUUUUCAAGGAUCCUGUAGCAACAGAUCUCCUGCAUCAGCAGGAUGACCACCUGUCAUGGAUGUUUUAGCUGAGAUUCCUGCAUUGUAGGAGGUUGGAUUAGAUGACCCUUGGGAUCCCUUCCAACUCUGCAAUUCUAUGAUUCUAUAAAAUUGACUCAACAAGAAAUAACAAGGUUGGUGUUUUCCAUACAAAAACCUAAUUGUGUGUUUAAAAACAGCCUUACUGGUAUGUUCACCUAUUUGCUACUGAAAUGGUGCCCAGCAAGGAAAUAUGCGAGGUGAAAUCUUAACAUAAUGCAGCUGUUUCACUCUCUCUAUAUGCAGUACAGAACUGGGGUUGGGAGAAUUUCACCUACUCAUCUGUCAGUGUGACACUUCUUAAUCUACUGAGGUUCAAAUGAAUUUGGAGUUAUUUGGAGCCCAGCUGUUGGACUGUACUUUCCUUCUGAUAGCAAGAGGUGCUGCUGCUGUUUUACAGAGCCUGAAAAGAAGAAAAGCCUGUAGGAGCUUAAUGAUUUGAUGAGCUUCAGCUGGUUUUCUCCCCCCUCCAUUGCCCUUUCUUUUGAAAGGGCCUCUUUCAUCAGGAUAUGUUAGGGCAAGUGCUUUCUGAGCCAGGAUAUGGUGGGGGGAGCACAGUGUUCUGUAAAAGCCACCCCUUCCUGGGUAGCAUCAACAGACUUUGAGAUUCCUCUCUCCUUCACUCAACAGUUGGUGGCCGUUUUCUCCUCUUCUCUUUUGUCUUGCCACAAAAAUAAUAAAAUUGAGUAGCGGGAGGAUGUUGGUUAUGAACCUUUCAGAUUUCACUGACUUCUGCCUGUCUUUUCGACCAGUGCGAUGCUUCUGCUGCUCAAAGAAACCCCGUCCAAAAUAGUAUGUAUGGAACGUUACCCCUCCCCUCCCCUCCCCUCCCCUCCCCUCCCCUCUUUGGCUUUGCUUACUUGAGGUUUCCAGGUUCUGUUUAGGUUUCUUCUCCUUAAGUGAAAUCAUCUGUGUCGUUGUGUUGAUUUCAGAUUUGAUGUUUUGGUAACUAAAAUGCAAAGAUGUAAGGUUUCUUUUUGUGUGUUGUUUGCAAAAUUGCUAACAUAUAAUUGCUAACACUUGCAUCUUAAGGGAGCUGUGUAGAAGCAAGCCUGAUUUAAGUCGGAUGGGGGUUCAUCAUUGCUUGUGCUGUCUUGGGGCAACAGCCAGAGAAGAUACUUUGCAGGCAACUAGGGUGAGCGGAAUGUGGUUUGUGUGUGUUUGGGAUGGGUGCUCAACACAGAUGCUGGUGUGGUCCUUGAAAAGAUGUUCAUUUCCUCCUAAAAACAGUCAUUGUAAUACAGAUUUGCUGGAUUGCCCGAUAUUGCCAUAUUUGAGGCCAACUUUGAUGGUAUUUAUGUCUGUGGCAGUGAAAAUGCCAUAUCAUUUGCUUGUGAGGCAGCUGCUGAAAUCCAGGAAGCACGCCUAUUUUAUUUUACAUUUUUUGCUAUCAACAAGCUUUUUGAAACAUCUUGAGCGCCUUUGCCCUGUCCAGUGGUGACCGCAUGACCACAGAAUCAAGGCAUCGUCUGUGGACUUUGCUUUCAUUAGGCCUAGCAAUAGAAUGAUCUCAUCAAUGCUUGAUAAAGCUGCUUGAAGUUUGUGGGCAGUUGGUAAUUUCGCUCUCCUCUUUAUCAUAAACAGGAAUUGUGUAUUGCUGUGCUUAGAAUGGCAGGAAAUGUUAGGAGAGAUUGCCUGUCGGGAUUUGUGACUAAUGGGAGAGAGAGCACUCUUCAUCGCUUUGCUUUUCUGACUUCAGACUUUUUUAUUUAAAAAACUGCCAUUGUGCAUCAACAUAUAUCUUUAUGUGCUGUCCAAUUAUUUUCCACAAUAUCUUUUUUCAUUGUUGGCCUGUCAAUGAGCUCAUAUGGGGGUGUGUGUGUUAGUUUUUGAGAGUAAUCUUGAAGAAUCAAUUAUAAAUUUGGGGUGGGGAGAAGUGUUGUGUCUGCUGAAAAGCCCUCUUUUCUCACAAAUCCCAGCUGUUUCCAUUGAAGCUUCAUUAGGGAAGUGUCCAGUCAGUUAGAAAUUUGUUUUGUUUGUUUUUUUAAGCGGGAAAGAGUUGAAUGUCCCCUCUAUAUUUGAAGUUCACCGGUUCAGUUCCUGGCAUUUCCAACUUAAAAGUUCUCAAAGUUGGUUAAAACCUUGUCAGAAUAACACAUUAGGACACAGGGUUUCCCAAACUUGGGUCUCCAGCUGUUUUUUAAUUACAAUUCCCAUAAUCUCUGGUCUUGCUAGCUGGGGAUGUCCAAAAACAGCUGGAGGCCCAAGUUUGGGAAAUCUUGAAUUAGAGGAACCUUUCCCGAAGCACCUGGAGGUGUUUGAGAAGGGCUGCACUGGAGAGCUGCUACUAAGCACAGCAAGCCAGUCUAGGUUAGGCAGACCUCCCUUUUUUUCUUGAGAGGACCAUUCUUUUACUGUACAGCCUUUUAAAAUGCAGAAACUCUCACACAUGUGCAGUUUUGGCUGGCCAAGUCUGGUAAAAUGAAUGAGAAAUGUACAACAGAACCAGCCUGCCCUUGCCGAAGUCCCAGCUUCUCUCAGUCACAAAGUUUGGGUUGUCCAAGCUUUAUUUUUGUUCUUCCUUUUCACCCCAUGAAUUUCUUUUCAAAAAGUGCAGUUGGAAGAUGGCAUGAAAAGGGGGUGGUAGUUUCCUCUCUACAUCCCAAAGAAUCAUCUGCAGUUGAAGUUUUUAAAGAGCAGCUUGAAACUCUGCAUGCUAAGAAACAGAUACAUUAAAAGUUCAUACAGACAACUGUUCUCACAACCUGGAUUUUUAUAACCAAGUGUUGUUGAGUCACUGAAUUGGAGGGUCACAUCCUCCCCUACAAGAACAACUCCAGGAGCAGCCAAACAUGAAACCCAGUUGGAAAGUUACAUAGAAGGCCAGCACCUGCAGCCCUUCUGCCUUUAAAGUCCUCUGCCAGCAGCAAAGCAUCACCAGCCCAUUAUGACAGCCAGCCGUUUAAAGGCUGGGACUUUGCUGCUGACUCUCUGGUCUAACAAGGGCUCAAGUGUUUUGAAGAACAUAAGGCACAAUCCUUUUGUCAUGGUAAUUGUCUUGAGAUUUCCAGAAACACUGGAAGCACAUGACACUCACUUUUUCCUCAAGGGGAGAGGAACUUUUUUGAGGAAAACAGAUAAAAAUGUUUCCAAUGUUUACUUGACUAUUGGUAUGUCAUUUACUUGCUUUGUAGCCUUUGGCUUGAGAAAUGAAUAUAUGAAAUAAAUGUACCUUCAGCGUGUUACAUAUGUUAUAGAAAGAAAUUGGGGAAAUGAAAUCAUCUUGGUUUAUUCUCUCCCUGGGUGUCCCCAAACAGGGCACAAAUGAAAUAAUGAUGCCAUAUUUCUAAUGCAGGAAUUGGAAUGGGGCUUUAUUGUGAAGGCUGUAAAUGAUUUUCAUUGCAAUUCUGACAGUGUUUUACAAACCGGUGGGAUUGGAGUGUUGGGACUGCCCCCCCCCAGGCCAGUUUAGGUGGGGAACACAUGUGUUGCAUGGAUUUCACCCUUGCUAGCAUUACUGAGAUAACCCAGACUUUCUAUUUACCCUCAUAGUCCUCCCUGUUGCAUCCCCCUCCCCGAGCCUGAUCUCCUGCAUCUGUUUGUGUUCCAGCCUGAGUGAGAGUUUUUUUAUGGUGAAAGGUGCUGCACUAUUCCUCCAGCAAGGAAACAGCCCUCAAGGUCCACGAAGUCUUACUCACCUUCACAAACAUGCUGGUAAGCAUUGUCACAGCAAAAUAGUUUUUUCUUGGGCAGUCCUCAUGACUUGGGCAUGACAACCUAGGAAAGAUAAAUGUGGGGGGGGGGGAGAUACUAACUUAAGGUAGUGGUUUUCUGUAGACUGAUAUGUUAAAAAUGUUUCUCUCUGAGAGCCAGGGAAGGAGUGCUGGGUCCUGUUUAGGGGCAAGCAGCCUGUUGGACAGGGCACCACAUGGUCGGUCCUGUGUGGCUGGGAGCUGAGGCUUGUAUUUCUCCAGAUGUCAGCAGUUUCACAGACCCAGCUACCAUCCCACAGUGUAUCUUACUAAGCUUGCACCAUCAAAUCGUUAAGCUGGGAAUUGUAUUUUUGGCUACAUGCAUCCAUUUGCCUUCCUCAUACACACUAUAAGACCUUGUCUGACUCUCAGUGCAAAAUGCAAAAUGGACCAUGGUACAAAUCUUAGGCCUCCAAAAGGGUCCAGAGACUAUUCUGGGUGACGCAUCUUGUUUGUUUCACAUGGAAGCAGGGAAACUGGGCCAACCAGCUAUUGACCUGAGGCCAAACUAUUGGAACAGCUGGGUCAUUUACCCACCCAGAGUGAGCAGCAUUUGGCAGCAAGUGAAUUGUGGUUAGAGAGUAGACUUUACCUGUUGUAAACACACACUGAGAUACGCUUGUAGAGUAAUAAAAUAAUAAGAGUUGUUUAUUAUAGGAAGUAAAUAACUUGCAUAGAAAAGUUUCUAGUUCGAACCGAACAUACUAUUCUAGAAAUGACAUGCUUGCUGCUUUGCUCUCAGAGUAUUGUUCCAAGGUGACCCCUCUGUUUGAGGUCUGAGAGAGAAGUGUGAGGAGCAGGAGGAAGGUGGAAAACAGGAUGCAUCCUAUCAGUCCAAAGUUAAACAACAAGGAGGUGAUUUGCCCCAACAUCUUCAGGUGAUGAUCAACCUCCUUCGCUGUGAGGACAGGAUCAAAUUGGCUGUGCGUCUGGAAAGUGUCUGGACAGACCGGGUGAGGUACAUGGUGGUUGUCUAUAGCACCGGACGCCAAGACACAGAGGAGAAUAUCCUGCUGGGAGUAGACUUUUCAAGCAAGGAGAGCAAAAGCUGCACCAUCGGAAUGGUUCUGCGCCUGUGGAGUGACACAAAGAUCCAUCUAGAUGGUGACGGUGGGUUCAGCGUCAGCACUGCAGGAAGGAUGCAUAUCUUCAAGCCCGUUUCAGUUCAAGCAAUGUGGUCCGCCUUGCAGAUCCUCCACAAGGCUUGUGAGGUGGCUCGGAGGCACAAUUACUUUCCUGGCGGGAUGGCGCUCGUCUGGGCCACGUACUACGAGAGCUGCAUCGCCUCCGAGCAAAGCUGCAUCAAUGAGUGGAACGCCAUGCAGGACUUGGAGUCCACACGCCCCGACUCGCCAGCUCUAUAUGUGGACACACCAACUGAGAGGGAGCGGGCAGAACGCCACAUCAAGGCCAAACUCCGAAGUAUUAUGAUGAGCAAAGAUCUGGAGAACGUAACCUCUAAAGAAAUACGGAAUGAGCUGGAGAAGCACAUGAGCUGCAACUUGAAGGAGUUCAAAGAGUUCAUUGACAAUGAGAUGCUGCUAAUCCUGGGGCAGAUGGACAAGCCCUCUCUCAUUUUUGACCAUCUGUACUUGGGUUCCGAGUGGAAUGCCUCCAACCUGGAGGAGCUACGGGGCUCUGGCGUUGACUACAUCUUAAAUGUCACAAGGGAGAUCGACAAUUUUUUCCCUGGCUUGUUUGCAUACCACAACAUCAGGGUCUAUGAUGAAGAGACCACUGACCUCCUUGCCCACUGGAACGAGGCCUACCAUUUCAUCAACAAAGCCAAGAAAAACCGCUCAAAGUGUCUAGUCCAUUGCAAAAUGGGUGUGAGUCGCUCUGCCUCCACCGUCAUUGCGUAUGCCAUGAAGGAAUUUGGCUGGCCCCUGGAGAAAGCAUACAAUUACGUCAAGCAGAAGCGCAGCAUCGCUAGGCCCAACGCCGGUUUCAUGAGGCAGCUCCUGGAGUACGAGGGCAUUCUGGAUGCCAGCAAACAGCGUCAUAACAAGCUAUGGAAGCAACAGCCUGAGGACAGCCUCCCCCAGAACUUGGGCAGCGCUGGUGGGCCAAGUGACUAUCUGCUCGACAGUCUGGAUGUGGACCUGGAUGCUCCUUGCCAGCCCAGCUGUGCAGACCCCCGCAUAAGCCAGGAGGCCGUGGGCUUCCACUACUGCUUCAGGCGCCUCUCUGACUCCUUGCCUGUGAACAGAGAGUCGCUUUUCCAGCUGGAGGACCUGGAGAGGGACUUUUUGCUGGAAGAGGAGGAGGAGGCAGAUUUGGCAGCAACAGAGCUGCCCUUCCUGGGCUUUGUUGACGAGCCUCCAGUGGAAAAGCUGAAGAGCAUGGAGAGAGCAGAGGUCUCUGGCUUUGGGGAGAAAACUACGGAGGGGAAUCCUGAGGUCAGCCUCCUGAAGGCUGGAGCUGUACCCAGGCUUGCUGUCCCGGAAGAAGGAGACCCUGCAGAGGAGAAGCUCAUUGAGCGCUGGAAGCGUCACUCAUCUGCACAAGAGGAGGAGAGCCGGUGGAACUGUGAGAACCUGAACAACAACAACAGCAAGAGGAGCUGCCCUGAGGAUUUUGAGCACGAUGCCAUCUUUGGGAUCCUCAGCAAAGUGAAGCCUUCCUACAAGUCUUGCGCCGACUGCAUGUAUGCCACUGCUGGCGCCUCAGCCGACACUUUUGGGGACCCGUGUGAGCCCCUGCACCUGGCCUCCCCCUCUUGCAGUUCCACGGUCUGCACGCAGCCGCCGUUCCUCCUGCACAGGACGCCCGCCUUUUUGGAGCAGGCAUUCUGUGAGUCUCCCCCGAAAGAAAUCCACACUGCAAAAAGCAACAGCUUGCCUCCACUACUAACAGGGAGUGGCUUGCAAAGCGCUGAUCCCAGCAGACCUGCAGCCGGCUGGCCCUGCGGUGCUUCCGAGAAGCCCAGAGAUGGCCCUAGAGCUCCAGCUGGCCUGAGAAACACUCUCUGCGAGAGGAGUCCCGUCCUCAGCGAUGGGACGAAAGAGGAUUCCUCGCCGAAAAGGGACGCCCGGCAGACCAAGGACCUGAAAUACUUGCUCUUCAGCAAGGAUUUGGAGAAGCCGACCCCCAGUAGCUACCUGAUGCAGCAUCAGGAGUCGCUCCUGCAGCUCCAGAAAGCAGGCUUGGUCCGGAAGCACACGAAGGAGCUGGAGCGCCUCAAGAGCCUGCCAGCGCCUGAAGCAGCUGCUCAUGUGAGGGAAUGCCCUGGGGGCCUGGUGGGCGCCAGCAUUCCAGAAGAGACCCAGGAGCUGGAGGUGGCCCAGCAGGAGCAGCAGCCUCUUCCCAUGCCCAGCGGUAUGAAAAGUGACACUGAGAAGCUGCAGAAAAGCCCCCUGGUAGGUGGGGCGUCUCAGAAGACCUCCACGCCUGUCCUGUGCCGGACAGUGGACCACACAAGCAGCUUCACAAAGGACUUUCUCAAGACCAUCUGCUACACACCGUCGUCAUCCCGGAGCUCCAACCUGACACGGAGCUCCAGCAGCGACAGCAUCCACAGCGUGCGAGGGAAGCCUGGCUUGGUGAAGCAGCGGACCCAGGAGAUUGAGACCAGGCUGCGGCUGGCUGGCCUGACAGUCUCCUCCCCGCUGAAGCGCUCCAACUCCCUGGCCAAACUGGGCAGCCUCAACCUGUCUUCAGAGGACUUGGCGAGUGAGACGGACCUGUCCGCCCUGACAGACUCCAGGGAGACCAAGUCGAGCGAGUCCUCGGUGGUGCUCUGCCACCCUGCCCUGAAGGCCACUGGAGAGCAAGCCGUCUUGCCACCGGGAGAAGCCCCUCUGACAAAGUUGAAGGGCAGGCCGUGGAUGGGGGAGAGUUGACACAUAUUUGUGACCUUUGUUAAAAAGAACUUGUUCCUUUUAUAUUUGUCUCUACUAAAUGCAAUUUUAUCAUUUUGCAAAAAGAUGGUAAAGUUCUCUGCCCUCCCCCCAAUCCCUUCCCGUGUGAUGCCACAAGUAGCGUGGGGAAAGGGGGAGACUGACAGUGUUAGCAACUCACAGCCUCCCGGCUCAGAAGGCGAUGGUGCCAUGUGUGACCUGGGCCUCUUCUUUCCUCUGGGGGGGCAGAUCCUCUUCCCCUCCCAUGCUGAAAAAGCAGCAACUCUUUCUUGCAAGGUUUCCCUGGCAUCUCCAGCUGAGCAGAAUUUCCUAGUUCAAAGAGGCACUUGAGGUAAGAGCCUAAGAGGGAAACACCAAACCUGCUACCUCCAUUCUUCACGUAUUUAUACAUGGGAUUUUUAUUUUAAAAUAGCACACAAAAAGCAAUCUUGCUCCGAAAUGGAUGGUUCUCCUUUUGAACAGUUACAGUUCGGUCAUUGUUGGCAGCGCCACUGCACAGAUCCCCGUUCCUGUCAGUUCCUUUCAGUUUAUGUGCCCCGAGCGACGGUCUUUCUGGUCUGACUUUACUCGCCUGGUUGAAGGAGUGUUGAGUUUCUCCUGGGAUGUGGGAUGACCAUCCUGUGGCUCCUUGCCUUCUGUUGUCAUUCAUGUGGCUUUGCUAAGGCAGUUCCAUCAAUGCU